AAUCCAAACCACCCCAACACUCAUUCCUAAGUCUGUCCAAUCGUACGCACCGUUGAAAACCGCGUUAUCAAAUGCUAUCGUGCGCCUUUCUUCGUCAAGUAAAAGUCUAGCCCAAUCAAUACUCCUACUACACUGUAAAUAGAUCAAUCCAAUCACACAAAAUUGCUCGGUUUUAGUUUAAGCUAACCAAAGAAUAUGGGCGGAGGCGGAGUGCAGUCGCAGCAGACGGAUGCGGCGGAGGAGCAGUAUGUGAAGGCCAAGGUUUCGGUGUGGUGGGACAUCGAGAACUGUCAGGUGCCGAAGAAUUGCGAUCCACACGCGAUUGCGCAGAAUAUAAGCUCAGCUCUUGUUAAGAUAAACUACUGCGGGUCUCUUUCAAUAUCAGCGUAUGGUGAUACCACCAGGAUAUCCCCCGCCGUUCAGCAGGCCCUUAAUAGUACCGGCAUCGCCCUCAAUCACGUCCCUGCAGGUGUAAAAGAUGCUAGUGACAAGAAGAUUUUGGUGGAUAUGUUAUUUUGGGCAGUUGACAAUCCUGCACCUGCUAAUUAUUUGUUAAUUUCUGGAGACCGAGAUUUCUCAAAUGCUCUUCACCAGUUACGCAUGCGUCGAUAUAACAUUCUUCUUGCACAACCUCAAAAAGCAUCCGCACCGCUUCUUGCUGCUGCAAAGAGUGUAUGGCUCUGGACAAGUCUAUCGGCUGGAGGGCCACCACUUACAAAUGUUGAUUCCUCAACGACUCUAAAUAAUGGUUACGGUCAUUUAUCUGGCUCCGACUCAUUACAAGUUCCAGUUAUUAAUUCUGCUCGUGCAAACCAGCUCGAUGAUUCUUUUCAUGGUAGUCCGCAAAUGGGAAAUCAAAAGUUCUCGAAUAUGGGAAGAGGGAAUGAAGUAAAAUAUAAAGGAAAGCAGGUUCGUAAAAACAUGGGUCAACCUAAUAUAUCAAGAACUUCAAGUGCAAUAGGAAUUGAAGAAGAUCAUAACAAGGCCAACUUCCACAAACCAACGUAUAGGCAUCCAAUGCAGUUCAAUGAUUCCCAGGAUUUUUCUGGUACUUAUAAUCCAAAAGUUCCUGAAAGUGGACCAGGAACCACUCCUAAUUUCGCAUCUGGUAAUCCUGAUUUUUCUUGGAGUAACAGCAGUCACCCACCUGGUUCUUAUCAAAACCACUAUCCUCAUCCGCCAGUUAGUUUCCCAUCAACUAAUCAGCACUUCCCGCCUCAUUUAGUGCCCUAUAGAGCUGACGCACCCAGCUUUACCUCAGGUCCUCAAACAUAUGCGCCCGAUAUUGGUAAAUUAAACAUUUCUGAAUACCCCAGAAAUGAUCCCAAUGCUCCUCCUUCGCAACCAUGGAAUGGAGGAGAGAGAAGACCAACUUCUAUUGAGUCUGCCAACCGCGUAAAUUCGAACAGUCCCCACAAAGGAUAUAAUGCACAAAGGAACCCUCCGUUUUAUCAAGAGCUGCAGACCAACGGGUACCCACGUGGCAGUCAAGAAAUUCCGCCACCAUCUUUUGGAAUGGGAACCACUAAUAUAUCUGGUAAUGGUCCAUGGGGGGCAACAGGAUGCCCAAAACCUUCUGACUAUAUUCAAGGACUUAUUGGGGUCAUUCUGCUUGCUCUGAACACCCUUAAGUUUGAGAAGAUUGUACCGACAGAGGAAAACAUUGCUGAUUGCAUUAGAUAUGGAGAUCCUCAACAUCGUAAUAUUGAUGUUAAGAGGGCUUUAACGAGUGCCGUUGAGCAGCAGAUGGUAGUACAGCAGAAGUUGGGAUCUUUGCAGUUGUAUAUUGGAAAGAAUGAGAAACUAUGGCAAUGUGUGAACCCAAUGGCUGGUAACGCAAAGCAGUACCCAAAGGUGAUAUGGGACGAAAUUCAGAAAUUUCUGUCAUCUGCUGCUGGACGAUCUGCAAUACUGAGUACUCAGUGCAGGUACGAGGCUGCUACAGUAAUGAAAAAGAUGUGCUUAAAAGAGCAUGCUUUGGGUGAAAUUCUUCAGAUUUUGCACAUGGUAAUAAACAUGAAAAAGUGGAUUAUAUAUAAUCAUCAGUCAGGAUGGCAACCAAUUAAGGUUAAUCUCACAGAGUCCAGCCCUAAUUCAGGGUUGGCAACUGCUAAAUAAGCUCCCAAAGAAGUAGGUAUGGGAGGGUAGAGGGGCCUGUAGAUAGUUGUCAAUUUGCUGCCAUUCAAAUUGGCUUAAAGAUGAGCACUGGUUAUACUUGGCAUGGCCUGUCCUUCCCUUCGAAUAAUUGCCAGCAGAGUAAAUAGCUCUGUUGACAUUGAGGAUGGUGGAGUAUUUAGCUUGGGAUAAUAUUAAGUAGUAGUAAUUUUGUUUUUGUACUUCUCUUUUUCUCGGAAAUCCAUGAAAUACGGCUGGGCAAGAGAUUGAUUGGGUUAGAAAAACUGCUGAAUCUGUAGAGUUGUAAAUUGCCUGUUAUGGCAUACAUAGAUCACCUUUACAGGAAGAUGUGCAUAUAUAUUAUCUGAUAAGCCGGCUAUAUAACUGAUAAUUGAAAUUCCCUGGAAAUUGCUUUUCGUGGCUGCUCGCUGAUUGAAAUUAUUAAAGAGAAGCAUUUUGUAGUAUCGUAGUUGCUCUGCUAAAUUUGUUAUGUGGAGCUUCUAUAGAGCAUAUUGAUGGAUUAAACUUUUUGGAAAACUAAUUUGGGAAUAUAAUAGUAGUUUUCCUAGAUCAUGAUAUGAAUAUUCAAGCUUGUCAGUUAUUAUGACGAAAACCAGGAGGUUCACAGUAUAUGUCAGCAAGAAAAACGUGUUUAGUGACAGAGAGCCGUAGUGUUGGGCAAUAAGGUGGAUGUAGAAUAUGGUCAAGCCUGAAGGAAUCGAGCUUUUAUGCGAUAAAUUUGUCACUUUCGUCAAGAUGUUGCAGGAACUGAGAAAGAUCACAACAACUAAUCACAGAAAGACAGCAAUCAAAACCUGAUUGGAGAAAAAAGAGAUGUUCACGACAGCCAGCUUUAAACAGAGGUUUCAUAUCAAGGUCCGAUCUUUCUCAUUUGCAAAGUUAAUUACAAUAUGACGGGACUAGAGACCUAAACGCUACAUGUUUCUCGUGAUCUUCUGACAAAAAUGUAACCAGCGGUUUAUAAAAGAUAUGGAAUUAGAGGAUGGAACAAUCAAGGGUGAAUUUCUUCUGAUUAUGCAUAUGGAAGGACAUACCUAUUCGACUGUAAUGUUUUCUGCUUUGUGCUGUGCUAGUUUCUGAACUUCGAUCGCUGUUUAAAUUAUGUAGAUAAAUGUUUGCAACUUUUGUGAUGCUCGUUCUGAGAAGAAUCAUUUCCUUCAUUGUAAUCUGGUUUCAUCGAUAAUAACAUAAAGUAUUUCUUUUGCCUUUUA